CAAUGGGAAGAGCAACACGAGCAAGCAUUCACGCAAAUCCGCGACGCCAUUACCGAAGAUCCAGUACUGGUACUGCCAGACCCCAAGAAGCCAUUCGAGGUGGAAACGGACGCUUCAGACUACGCCAUCGGAGGACAAUUGGGACAACGAGACGAACAAGGGAAGCUACAUCCUGUAGCCUUCUUUUCAAAGAAGCUCGACGGACCACGUCUCAAUUAUCCGAUCCACGACAAGGAACUACUUGCGAUUGUCGAAGCUUUCAAGGAAUGGCGACCAUACCUCAGCGGCACGAUUGAACCGGUACAAGUGUAUACGGAUCACAAGAACUUGCGAUACUUCACGACGACGAAGGAACUCAACGGACGACAAAUACGAUGGGCAGAAUUCCUCGCGGAAUUCAACUUCGAGAUCCGCUACAAGAAGGGCAAAGAAAACGCACGAGCAGACAUUUUAAGCCGACGAACGGAUCACACGAAAGGACGAACGGGAACAACACCACCGUUGUUCAAGGAACGAACAGACGGGACGUUGCACCACGAAACGCAGACACCCGUGGAAGAUGAUCCACUUGACUCGUUCCUAGAAUGCUGCGCAAUCUUUCGAGAGGAAAGGAUCAACGAGGCACAGUAUCAAGCAGCACCCGGACCAGUGGUACCUGACGGAGUGGAAGAAAGAGAUGGGAAACUCUGGUACCGAGACAAAGCGUACAUCCACGACAAGGAUCAACAGCUGCGAAUGAUUCGAGAACUCCACGAAUCAAAACUCGGAGGACACAAAGGAGUCACGAAGACUGUCGCACAAGUCAAGAAGCACUACGACUUUCCACAGUUAACGGCACGAGUUAAGGAAGUCGUACGGAACUGCGACAUCUGCAAUCGGAGCAAAACGGCACGACACAAGCCGUACGGGCUACUUCAGCCACUACCAACAGCUGACAAACCAUGGAGUUCAGUUGCGAUGGACUUCAUCACGAAGCUGCCAGAAUCCAAGGACACAGCCACAGGAGUGACCUACGACAGUAUUCUUACUGUAGUAGAUCGCCUGACUAAGUGGGCAUAUUUCUUUCCCUACAAGGAGUCCUGGACAGCGGAACAGUUGGCAGACGUGAUCUAUCGGCAAGUUGCAUCAGUGCAUGCUUGGCCGCAAGAAUGGAUCACCGACAGAGACACCAAGUUCGCAUCGAAGUUCUGGCAAGCGUUAAUGCAACGAUUAGGCGUCAACAGCAAGCUGUCAACGGCAUAUCACCCGCAGACCGACGGACAAACGGAGCGACUAAACCAAGUUGUUGAGCAAUACCUCCGCUCUUACGUCAAUUACCAACAAGACGACUGGGUCAUGCUGUUACCAACAGCACAACUCGCCUACAACACGACGCCGACAGAAACGACCAAAGUCACACCGUUCUUCGCGAACUACGGAUAUGAAGCAGACCUUAGGCAAGGACCAGAGGUCACAGUGCCGAGAGCAGCAGUCAAAGCAGAACAGAUGCACGCACUGCAUGAAAAGCUCAAAAAGGAACUCGAGUUUGUCAAGACCAGAAUGAAGAACUACUACGACAAACACAGGCUCGAGGGACCUCGCCUAGAGAGGGGAGACAAAGUCUACCUGAUCGCACGAAACUUGCGAACCAAACGACCAAGCACGAAGCUGGACUUCAAGAAGGUCGGACCCUUCGUUAUCAAAGAACGAAUCUCGACAUCCAACUACCGACUAUCGUUACCGUCAUCUAUGCGACUACGGACGGAUGUUUUUCAUAUUUCACUUCUCGAACCAGCACCAAAGAACGCCAAGGUUGCCACGCACAUCGAAGCAGAGGACGAAGAGGAAGAAUGGGACGUCGAAGAAAUUCUGGAUUCACGCAUCAUCAACGGGGAACUGCAGUACCUGGUCAAAUGGCUUGAUUUUGGACCAGAGGACAACUCAUGGGAACCAGUCAAGAAUUUGAACUGCCCUGAGAAACUGGAACAGUUCCACCGGCAGAAUCCGGAUCGACCAAAG